AUGGCAGCCAAUUCUCCCCUGCCACACGCGAAGAUGUACCGCGUUCUUUACAUUCCGGAGCUCCUCGACAUGAUAUUUGGGAUGCUGGACCACGACUCGAACUCGAAUAACGCGCGGGUGUGCAGGCAGUGGUCGGAAAUUGCGUUGGACUCGCUUUGGAGGGAUGUGGAUCAGCUGGAGAGGUUGUUCGGAGUUUUGGCGCCACUCAGAAGAGUUGGGAAGGACGAAUACGAGUUUGAACGUCUGCCAGAGUCAGACGACUGGAAACGGUUCGAGAAGUACGCCGGUCGCGUACGACGACUCGUCUACCAUUCGUCCGCCGACAACCCAAAGAUCCGGAAAAGCAUGUUCGACGAUGUAGCACGGACGCGGACGCGAAUAGACGUCCUGCCGAACAUGCACACGCUGCAGUGGUACGCGCCGCUCAGCCUCUGCGUCAUGUUCAUGCACGCUGGCGUGAAGCACUUCAGUGUAUUCCUCCCCGUCGAACUCGAAACCAUCUCUCCGCGCCCGUUCUUCCAAGAUAUCGCCUCGCGGAUGCCGAAACUAACCUCGAUCGACUUCCGUUCGGACGUCAGCGUGCGUGCCAUCGAAGAGGAGAUGAGGGGCCUGCUCGCCCAGCUGCCCAUGCUCCGCAAGAUCACGUUUCCGCGGUACUACCUGACCUCCAAAAUCGCGGAGACGCUGUCGAGACUGGAGAACCUUGGUAUCAUCGAGUUUCAGUACCACGACGAGCAGGGCUGUGGCGACCCAAGCGACAUGAUUCCUUUUGCGCCGGAGUUCGAGAAAGGUGCUUUCCCAUCGCUAUGGGACCACUCAAUGACGACGUCCUUCGCUGACGCCGCCCGCUUCCUGGACGUCGCCUACGCCCCUCCCAACCUAACUAUGCUCUACAUUCGAUUCGAACAUUAUCGAAACCCCAUCCGCGAUCCACCACAUGCUCUCCGUCGUCGCAGAGAACUGCCACGAACUCAACCCGGACAGGACGGCGACGAGUUUACCAUCAGCAUCGACACGCUCAAGCCCGUCUUGAAGCUUCCUAAUUUAACGUCGUUGGAGAUCAUCCACCAGCACCCGCUUGCGCUGAAGCAGGAAGACAUCGAAGUGCUCGCUGCGGCCUGGCCUGCCCUUGAGACGCUCAUGCUGAACAACGAGCCCGUGCACCUCACCUCCUCCCACCUCAGCCUUGACGCCCUCCUCCCAUUCGCGAAGCACUGCACGAAGCUACACCACCUCGGGCUCUUCCUCGACGCGACCUCCGUCGCGUCUCCCAUCUCGCCCUCUCUCUCCCUCACGCUCACCCCAUUCACCAGCCUCAAGAAGCUCUCGAUGGGCGUCUCGAUCAUCGACGACGACCGCGCCGUCGCGCUCUUCCUCUCGCACCUCCUACCCGAAGGCUGCACCGUUGACUGCGGGAUCACGUGGGAGGAGACGGAGGAUGUGCAGGACGGCAUCGUGGAGACGGUCAGCAGGCGGUGCGAGGCGUGGACGAAGGUGGCCAAGUUCUUGCCGGUGCUGGUUGGGCUGAGGAUGGAGGAGAGGGAGAGGACGAGGGCGAUGGAGAGGGAGCUGGAUGAUUUGAGAAUGAGGGCGGAGGUGGUUAGGGGAAGUCAGAGCUUGGCGAAUGGGGUGAGGUUGGAGUUGAACUCGAUGUGUAUUUUGAUAUGA